GGGGACGGAGCUUGGGGGACCUAGGGGUUGACACGUGGACCUGGGCUGUAUUUCUUUUCUGUUGGUUUGUCCUGUUGUAGUUUGAUUGUUCUAGUGAAGAAACGGACGCCGCCUCGUUCCCUUGGGUGAGCAUUCCUCUAAGGAGCCAAUCUGGGGGACCUCACUCUUCCGAAGGGGGAAGGUCGGGGGGAAAGGGAUCAUGGAGAGAUGAAGCCAUCAGCCACUUCUGUGUAGUGGAAGUUUUUCCCCUUCCUAUCCAGUUCCAGCUGUUUUCGUUCUGCUGGCUGAGCCGAGCCUCUGGAAUCAUGAGUGUGGGCUUCAUUGGAGCUGGCCAGCUGGCAUUUGCUCUGGCUAAAGGCUUCACAUCUGCAGGCAUCCUGGCCGCCCACAAGAUAAUAGCCAGCUCACCAGAUAUGGACCUGGCCACAGUCUCUGCACUCCGAAAGAUUGGUGUCAACCUGACCCCCAACAACAAGGAGACAGUGCAGCACAGCGAUGUACUUUUCUUGGCUGUGAAGCCUCAUAUCAUUCCCUUCAUCCUGGAUGAGAUUGGAGCUGAUCUUGAGGCCAGGCAUAUUGUGAUCUCCUGUGCAGCUGGUGUCACAAUUAGCUCCAUUGAGAAGAAACUAACGGCUUUCCAGCCAGCCCCUAAAGUCAUCCGUUGCAUGACCAACACCCCUGUGGUAGUACGGGAGGGUGCCACAGUUUAUGCUACAGGAACCCAUGCCCAAGUGGAAGAUGGGAAACUUUUGGAACAACUAAUGAACAGUGUGGGUUUCUGCACCGAGGUGGAAGAAGACCUUAUUGAUGCUGUCACUGGCCUCAGCGGUAGUGGGCCUGCCUAUGCAUUCACAGCUUUGGAUGCAUUGGCAGACGGUGGGGUGAAGAUGGGGCUACCUCGGCGGUUGGCAGUCCGUCUGGGUGCUCAGGCUUUACUGGGAGCUGCCAAGAUGCUCUUGGAAUCUGAACAGCACCCUGGACAGCUCAAGGACAAUGUGUGCUCCCCUGGGGGAGCAACCAUCCAUGCCUUGCACUUCUUAGAGAGUGGUGGCUUCCGCUCCCUCCUCAUCAAUGCUGUGGAGGCUUCCUGCAUCCGUACCCGAGAGCUUCAGUCCAUGGCUGACAAAGAGAAAAUCUCUCCAGCUGCUAUCAAGAAAACUCUGCUGGAUAAAGUGAAGCUGGACUCUCCUACAGCAUCCCUGAAGUCAUCCUCCCAUCUCACCAAGCUAGUAGCUAACAGCCAGGCCCCUGGAGGCAAGCAAGACUGAGGAAUCCCCUCUCUCUCUUCCCUCUGAUCUCUGCUCCCAGACACACAGGAGAAAGCAUCUCUAUGUGGUGCUAACAGCCCUUGAUUGAAUAUCAGGAAGCCCAAGUUCCACAAAUGUGGAUACCUCAGGGCUCUUUCCUACAGAGGUCAGCAUGGGGACUUUCUUCUGCCAACUAGAAAGGUCAAGCUUGCUCCUCUUUCUCUUAAAAUGCAUAAGAUUUCCUUAAGACUUACAGCUUCUGAAAAAUCCAAUGUAGAAGAUAAGAUUUUUGUUCUCUUCCUUUUUUUUUUCUUUUCUUUCUUUCUUUUUUUGUUUUUUUGUGGGGCAGUGAGGGUUAGGUGACUUGCCCAGGGUUAUACAGCUAGUAAGUGUCAAGUGUCUGAGGCUGGGUUUGAACUCAAGUCCUCCUGAAUCCAGGGCCAGUGCUUUAUCCACUGCAGCACCUAGCUGCCCCAAGAAGAUAAGAUUUCAGUCAUUUAGCCCCUUUCUUUCAUUUUCCUCAUGAAAACAACCUCUGCCCUUCCUCUGUCUGAAAGUUGGUCAUCCCUGGAGAGGGUGCCAAGAGUGCCGAGUCCAAUACUGGUAGCUGAAUUGGACACAUACGUAUAUUCUGCCUUAGAAGGGACAGCUCUGAAUUCUUGCCCUAAGCCAUGAUUCCUGACUCUGAACUUAAGAAAUAAAACAAGCAUUUCCAUAACAGAGUAGAUUAGAAAAAGGUGAUGAUUUCAAGUGAAACUGCAAACCUAUUAUGUACAACUUGCUAUUCCUUUUAAAUAUGUAAUAAAGUUAUCAUGUGACUUUU